UCUAAUCUGACUAAUGUUUUACCCUCGUCUCUUUGUGUUUGGUUUUUGCAGUUUCUCAGCGACACCGGCUACGAGGGUCAAGUCUCGCUCAAAGCCCUACAAAGCCCGAGUCAAAAAUUAGUCUUUUCAAUAUUUUCACACAUUAUGACACAUUUCCUCCCCAAUUUUUUUGUGCCAACGGACAAGGUAGCUUGUGAAGACUACUUUAUCAAUACACUAAAGUCGUUUGGUUAUCCCGUGACGCUGAAACGAAGCACAGUCACAACUCCAGGGGCUCCGCACUCGGCCUCGCAAAUUCUGUCCGCCCUCGACUGGCUUCGGAGUGAACUCACGACAGCCCAAGCUAAAAUGGAUGACGUCAUUUUUGCGCCGCCUGGUGAAGACGGUUCUGUGGCUAAGUUGAUUUUUGAUCUGCUUCUCGAUUGCGUUGCCGAAAACACUGUCGAGCCACCAUCUCACGCCCGAGAAAAGUUCGAGGGUGCUUGUGCCCAAUGUCUGGGUUGUCGUCCUGAAGACGUUGCCGAGUUAGAAGCCCAGUUGGAGGAGCUGGAAAACCAGCCGUCGGCUUCAAACCUUGUCCAGCAAGAGCGCGAGCUGCGGGCACUUGUGAGCUCGUCUGAGCGAGAGGUUGCUGAGCAGAAUGACAAACUGCAGUAUCUCUCUGCAGUUUUGCCAGAAGCCGAGGCUAAAGCUGAAGCUGCCGCCUCCAAAGUCAAGAACAUUCGCCAACAAGUUUCAGAAAUUGCAACUGAAGUUCAAAAUCUCGAAAAUCUUGUGUCGUCACAGCAAUCUAAGUUCGGUGACAUUGUGAACUCUUAUCAGCGUCUGGUCGAACACUACCAACAGCGUUUAAAUGUGAAGCAAGAGUUGGUCAAACAGCUGAAUGAACGCACCAUCGAACUUGGGCGUCUAGACAAGCCAGUAGCGCCUGCUCUCGACGAAUACAAUUCUCUGGCCGUGCAGUUAACUGAUCCCUCCCUGCCGCAACUAAAGAUGCGUUCCUACCUGCACACUUUUGACCCAGUGAAAGAGAUCCCCAUCAUUUGUGCUGAACUCGCUGAGGUCCACGCAAAACUGAAACAGUCGUGCGAUUGCAACCAAGCUGAAGUGGCACGUAAACGCAGCGAGCUCGCCUCCUUGGAGUCCGAAUUAAGCAAGAAGAAUGCAGAUCUGGAGAGGCUUGAAGGGCAGUUGCUUGAGUCGAAGAACCACCAUCAGGACCUGGAGCGCCAAGCCGCGUUGAAGAAGGAGGCCCUUGACCGGUGGACUCUUGAAACCGACACGGCCAUCUCGGAGGCCUCCCAGUCAGCUGAGGCACGUCGGCGCUACCUCAAGAAGGUUGAAGCCGACGUUAAACAGUAUCAGAAGGACUAUGAGUAUUACCUAGACCUGAAUCAGAAGAUGGGUUCCUUCACUGCGAAGUAUCGGAAAGAAGUAAUCGAGUUUGUGCGCUCGGUCAAAGAGCGAAUCCAAACGAUGGCUGAUCGGCGACGAGCGGAGGAGAAUAAGCUCGAGGAGACAAUGGCCCACCUCGAGUCACAGGUGUCCCAGCUUUCCACCCAAACAGAAGCCCUCAUCAGUGAUGCAGCAUUGCUGACUCAAACGGCAAUCUCAUCUUUGAAAACCGAUAUUUAA